AUGCCCAGGCUAGGAACUGCUGUUAUUCAUAGUUUCAUAGUAGGGUGCUGUUCCCUUUCCCGAAAGAAAGAGAAAGAUCCCGAGAAAAAGGAAGUAGGCUUCGGUUCAAUCUGGGAUCGAACUAUCCUCUUUUCUUUGGCUGUGUCAAGCCAGUUCUCUGAUCCGAGGGGGACUCUUGUGAAGGCUUCUUUGUUUCGGACAAGAGUGUCCAGCACGCAAGGGGAAAUAGAAUGCCCAAGGAAGAUUAGCAUGGGCAGAAGUGAGAUUUUAUUGGAUUCCAUUCUUGAGCCACUCACGAAGUCCAUGGUUAGGCUUGUUCAGAUCAGAGGGGCGGCCAAAAAGAAUUUAGUAGCUUUAGGGCUGGUUAUGAGGACAUGGUCGUGUCAGACUGACGAGUUGGCCAUGGAGGAUGCGGCCUGUCAGGAAGAUCGGCUUUGGUGCUCGAUUGCUUAUAAGGCGAAUUUGGAGCUUGUGUUCGCUUCAAAGGAUCAAGACGAGAUUCGGUUUCUCGGAAGGACCAACAAGCAAGGACUGUUGGCCAGGAUGUGUAAAGGGCGCCGGUGCGUGAGACUGUUGCAGAAGUCUUUGGCUUUGUGCUUGGACACGGUACAAAGAUAUGGCUCGAUGAUCCGUGAUAGACUCCAGGCUAGCUAA